UCGGUGAAAAAAGACAAUAAGUGGCGCAUAAUGUCUCCCCGUUCGAAAUUUGCCAUUGUUAUUGGCAUAUUCAGUGCCAUAUGGCAUUUACUUUUGGGCAUCCUGUUGUUUGCUGCAGGCAGUGUUAUGGACGAAAUCAUGGAAGAAGAAGAAAGCGGUGAACAGGAAAGCCCCAAAGUGGAUCCUGAGAAAUAUGCCCAGAUCAAAGAGAUGUUCAAGGAGUAUGCUAUGGGCUUCCUCUUCCUUGGAGUCACUGUUUGUGUGGCAAUGUUCGUUGUCUCUGUUCUUUUGGUUGUCGGAGUCAAGAAGCAACGUCCUCGCUUGGUGGCUCCUUGGGUAUAUAUCACCGUUAUUGCCAUGGUUCUUCAAAUUGUGGCCGUAUUCGUUGAUGCUGAUGACGAUGAUAGUUCCGAUUUUAUGGAAAUCCUUAGUUGCGUCUUCUAUGCCGCCAUUUGGUUCCCCAUUUACCUUAUGUACAAGAAAAUGGUAAAAGCCCAAAAAGCUCCAGUCUGCGCUCCAAUCAGCAGUCCUGUCAAUCCCCAUUAUGCUGCCUAUGUUGCUCCGGUAGCUGCUAGCCAAGUUCCCACAGAAUUCUCUCAUACCGCAAAAUAUGUGGAAUGCGAGACCAAGAUUCCUAUUGUUGCCCAGCAGCCAAUGUACCCCGAUGUGCCUGCACCCUGCAACUUUAGCAUGAAAGUUUAAGAAAAAAGCUUUGAGAUAAACGAAAUUUGCACAUAUUUUGUUAAC